AUGGCGACCGAAGGAUUGACUGAGAAAAUCCGUCUUGAGGACGGAAAGUCCGAGCACGCGAAUGGUAGUAACGAAGCAAACGGGAAAGCUGUACAAGAAGAGGUUGAGGAUAAAAUUGAUGACCUUACAGUGGAUGACCAACAAGAAGCUACAAAAAAGAAGAAGAAGAAAAAUAAAAGCAAGAAGAAAAAAGAACCACCUCAGCAAACUGAUCCUCCAUCUAUUCCUGUGAUUGAACUUUUUCCAUCUGGCGAGUUUCCAGAGGGUGAAAUUCAACAAUAUGCAGACGAUAACUUGUGGAGGACUACAUCUGAGGAAAAGAGGGAAUUGGAGCGACUGGAAAAACCAAUCUAUAAUUCUGUUCGCCAAGCAGCAGAGGUCCACCGUCAGGUUCGGAAGUACAUUAAGCAAAUUUUGAAGCCCGGAAUGUUGAUGACUGACCUGUGUGAGACCUUGGAGAACACAGUUCGUAAAUUAAUAUCUGAGAACGGUCUACAGGCUGGUAUUGCAUUUCCUACAGGAUGCUCGUUGAACUGGGUUGCUGCCCAUUGGACCCCGAAUUCUGGGGAUAAAACUGUUCUUCAGUAUGAUGAUGUGAUGAAACUGGACUUUGGAACUCACAUUGAUGGGCAUAUAGUGGAUUGUGCAUUUACUGUGGCAUUCAACCCCAUGUUUAAUCCACUGCUCGAGGCCUCGCGUGAAGCUACCAAUACGGGAAUUAAGGAAGCUGGGAUUGAUGUUCGCCUAGGUGACGUAGGUUCUGCAAUUCAAGAGGUCAUGGAGUCAUAUGAGGUUGAAAUCAAUGGAAAGGUGUUCCAAGUUAAAAGUAUCCGAAAUCUAAAUGGGCAUAGCAUUGGACAUUAUCAAAUCCAUGCUGGGAAAUCUGUUCCAAUUGUGAAAAGAGGAGAGCAAACAAAAAUGGAAGAAGGUGAAUUUUAUGCAAUUGAGACCUUCGGAUCCACAGGGAAGGGAGAAGUUAGAGAAGAUCUUGAAUGCAGCCAUUACAUGAAGAAUUUUGAUGCUGGUCACAUUUCACUGCGGUUACCUAGAGCAAAACAGCUAUUGACAACAAUUAAUAAGAAUUUCUCUACAUUGGCUUUCUGCAGACGUUAUCUAGACCGCAUUGGAGAAACUAAAUAUCUGAUGGCACUGAAGAACUUGUGUGAUGCUGGUAUCGUUAAGGCGUAUCCUCCUCUGUGUGACAUUAAGGGCAGCUAUGUAUCGCAGUUUGAGCAUACAAUUCUACUUCGUCCGACUUGCAAAGAAGUGGUAUCCAGGGGUGAUGAUUAUUGA